UAGGCCACUCGGUGCUGAUGGGGGGAGGAGUCUGUAGCUUGCACAGAUCCGGGAGACUGCUCCCUUACAGCUGUCGUCCAGCAGUGGUGCGGGGAUUUUAACGUGUGGAUCGUGCUGCUGUCGCUGGAUCAUCAGACCUGUCCAUCUCUGCUAAGGACUUUCUCAGGUCGCUGGACUCUUGCUGGUUAACUGAAGUGGCUUGGAGAAAGUAGCACCUGAGGACAGUUUCUGCCUGUAUCUCACACUUUUGACUGUGGCUGUUUUGUCAUGGCAGCCUGCCUGAUCAGCCGUCAGCUCGCUCUCUCUCUGCAGAAAAACUUGUGGCUCAGUGCUUCAGGUUGCAGAUACGUCAGCAAGGCAGCAGCAAAGACCCAGGUGGAAUUUGACUAUGAUGGACCCUCCAUGAAAACCACAGUCCCUGGACCACGAUCAAAUGAGCUGAUGAAACAGCUGGGAGAAAUCCAGAAUGUUGGAGCAGUUAACUUCUUCUGUAACUAUGAGGAGAGCAGAGGAAACUACCUUGUGGAUGUGGACGGCAACCGCAUGCUGGAUAUCUACACUCAGAUCUCCUCCAUCCCAAUAGGCUACAACCACCCUGCCCUCCUCAAACUGAUGACCAAUCCAAACAAUCUGAGUACAUUUGUGAAUCGGCCGGCUCUGGGAAUCCUGCCGCCGGAGAACUUUCCAGACAGAAUCACUGAAAGUCUUCUCUCAGUGGCCCCUAGUGGAAUGACGCGUGUUCAGACAAUGGCCUGUGGUUCUUGCUCCAAUGAGAAUGCUUACAAAGCGAUUUUUAUCUGGUAUAGGAACAAAGAACGAGGCCACAGCACACCGUCUGCUGACGAGCUGAACACCUGCAUGAUCAAUCAGGCACCAGGCUGUCCAGAUCUCAGUAUUUUAUCUUUCAUGGGAGGUUUCCAUGGAAGAACAUUAGGUUGUUUGGCAACGACGCACUCCAAAGUGAUCCACAAACUGGACAUUCCAUCAUUUGAUUGGCCUGUUGCCCCAUUCCCCAGACUACAGUACCCACUGGAUGAGUUUACCAGAGAGAACGCGCAGGAAGAGGCUCGUUGUUUGGAAGAGGUGGAAGAUUUGAUUGUGAAGUGGAGGCAGAAGGGAAAGCCUGUAGCAGGGAUUGUGAUUGAGCCGAUUCAGUCCGAAGGCGGCGAUAACCACGCCUCGCCAGACUUCUUCCGGAGACUUCGCAACAUCGCACGCAAGCAUGGCUGUGCUUUUCAUGUGGAUGAGGUCCAGACUGGUGGGGGAUGCACAGGAAAGUUUUGGGCCCAUGAGCACUGGGGUACGGACGACCCUGCUGACAUUGUCUCCUUUAGCAAGAAGCUUCUGUCUGGAGGCUACUACCACAAGGAUGAACUACAGGCAGAUAAGCCCUACCGCAUCUUUAACACAUGGAUGGGCGACCCGUCAAAGAACUUGUUCCUUUCUGAGGUUCUGAAUGUGAUUCGUAGAGAAAAUCUUCUGGAGGAAGUGACCCGUUCUGGGAAAGCCUUGCUAAAUGGCCUUUGUGAGCUACAGGCUCAGUACUCUGGCAUAUUGAGCCGAGCCCGGGGGCAGGGGACCUUCUGCGCGAUUGAUAUCUGUGAUGAUGCAACACGUGAUAGGAUCCUACUCAAGGCCAGAGACAAAGGUCUCCUCCUCGGGGGCUGCGGGGAACGUUCCAUCCGAUUCCGUCCAGCUCUGGUUUUCAAGGAGUAUCAUGUGAACAUCUUCCUCAACAUUUUUAAUGAUGUGCUUGCGCAGCACAAAUAGAUCCUGACAGAACCUCUCUGACAUAAGUUAUCUGAGUUCAUCCAGAAUGGGGGGGGGAGUAGCUCCAGACACUGAGAGAACAGAAGCACAAUCGUUUUAAAUUGAACCGGCCCCGGAUCUGCAGGUCAUGUGACGGCCGAGGGCUCGUUUCUUCAAUUGUAGUAGGUGAGAAUUUUAUAGAAUGUUCACUUUUCUGGAAAAUAAACCCAUUAAAAUAAGCCUAGAAUCUUUUUAAUCUAGACUCAUGUAAAUUUAUUAAACUAUAAGUCUUAAUGGAGUCAGGCAACAAUAACAACAGUAACAGUUGUUACUUUUUUCCAGAAAAAUAACCACUUACAGGAAACAGUCAAAUAUUUUAGUUGUGAAGAGAAGAUCGCACAGCUGUGUUUCCCAAAUGGCAGCGUGUCUGACAUGUACUGAGCCAAAACCAAAUGUUGGUUUUUAGGUGUGUUUUUAAGUCAGGUUCAAAGAUCCUCUGAAGCUGUUAUAUAAAAAUAAUAUCUUCAUUACUAAUCUGGCCUAAAAAAGCUCUUGAAUACUAUCAGGAAAAUAUGAUCAUAUGAGAUUCAUAAGUGUGGCUAAAAAUGGGUGUUUUUCUCCAACAAGUACUAUAGCAAUAAACACAAUAAUGUUCCAACUCCUAAUGAACCUGUUGGCUCAGAACAGCUGCUUCAUCUCACUGCACUGAUUCAUGCUGGCACACAGCCGUCCUGGAUACAGAGUCACUGACACUCUUUGUAUGAACACAGUAAAUCUGAACCGUCCAUAUUCUUAUGACUAUUGUGUUGCUCUUAAUAGGAAUAACUUUUCAACUUGAAAUGAUGUAGCUGAGAACAGUGUGAAUCUUACAUGGACCAUGAAAAUGUCAUAGAUUAUUUAGUGCCUGCAUGUUAUUUAAAUGUGCAUUUUUGUUUGGUUUUUUAUGCCAUUUCCUUAAAACAGAGCAUUGAUACAGUUUACCUUACAUUUGAAAAAGAGCUUCAUUGUAGUUGCCAGAUAUUGUUUUUAAUUUAAUACUUCUCAUCUGUGGCAGGAUGAAUAAGUAGUGCCAGUGUAUUAAGCAUAUAAAAUAAUUUUAAGAAUGCUGUGUAAAAUACAGCUAAAGACAGAAUGCACUGGUUUAAAAAUCUUUUAAAGCUUAAUACUGUCACCCGGGAUGGGCUCCAGUCCUGUGUGAUCUGGGAAAGGCGUUCCUAUUUGGAUACAUGGUUGAGAACAUGGAUGCCAUAUGAGCCCACGUCCUGUGUGCUGUUGGGUUUAAAUGUAUGUUGGGUUACACUUUGCAUAAAAGCAUGUCUGACAUGCUGAAUCCCAUUGGUCUUACAGGUGACACAAAGUACAAAUAUUAAAGUAAUCUUCUCCCAAUCCUGAAUUCAGGAUUACAUAGAAGUGAACAUGUCAACACUGAAGAAAUUCAACCAAUACUAAACUCAUACAGACACUAUGCUGCUAUUGCAGUGGUAACAGUCCAGCUGCCACACAGAGUCAGAGAGACCCUCAUAAAGCUUACUGUAGCUACAUAGGUGGAUUUGAACUCUAAGCACACGUCUAUUCAACGCGGUGGUCGAAAACACAUUAUUUUAUGUGUAAAUUACCAAAUAACUUUGCUGCUGAAAUGAAUGAAGUAUUUGGCAUUGGUUUUUUUGGAUUAACCGGCUCUAUAGAACAUUUUCAGUAGUAGUGAAUGUUCCAUGAAGCUUUUAGGCAAGUGUUAGGAAUGUGAGCAGGUUCAUAAAUGUCUUUGCUAAUAAUAUUAAUGUCUUUAUUGUUUGCUUAUUACAGUCAAAUACAAAUCUGUGAUUUUUUUUUUUUUUACAUUCAUGCUGCAUAAAUUUUACCCCAUUUAAUGCAGAGUAUUAAAAACACCGUUCACAGGGUCAGUUUGUCUUGUAUAACCUACACUUUAUACUGAACAUGAGUCAGAAGGGUUGAUUUGUACCAGAUGUUCCUUAAUAUGAUGGUGGUUAAGACAACAGUGCCUGUCUCCUUGUUGUCAAUCAUUAUAUGGGGUAUCUGUAAUAAUCUUUGAAAAUUUUACACUCAGUACUUGCACUUGUGAUUUAACAUUGAUGAUUAUUACUGUAAUUAUAGAUAGCUCCAAUGAUUAUUGUCUAUAAAACAUUAUGUCCAUGUACUGUGAUAAAUAAAUCAAGUUUUGAAAACUUCA